AGAUUAUCAAGAAAUCUUGAAUUGAAAAAACAAUAUACAAAUGUAAUUAAUGAAUAUGUUGAGUUAGGUCACAUGGAGAUAAUUCCUGAUAUUGAUAUAAAACCAACAUUUGUGUAUUUGCCUCAUCAUGCGGUGGUGAGAGAAGAUAAGACAACAACAAAAGUAAGAGUUGUUUUUGAUGCUUCGUGCCCUGGAAAAAAUGGAGUGUCUCUGAAUAGUGAGUUGAUGAUAGGUCCAAAAUUACAACCGGACUUACGUCAUAUUAUUAUGCGUUGGCGUAUGCAUCCAAUUUGUCUUUGCUCUGAUAUUGUAAAAAUGUACAGACAGAUCAAAGUUACUGAAAAAGAUGCAAAUUUUCAGUGCAUUGUUUGGCGUGAAAAUCCGGAAGAUAAUGUGAAACAUUUACGCAAUUUAAGGGUUACGUUUGGAACUGCAUCAGCUCCUUAUUUAGCUGUGCGAGCUUUACAACAAGCUGCUAAGGAUGAAGCAGAACAUUUUCCGAACACUUAUCAAAAGGUGUUGGAUGAUUUUUAUAUGGAUGACUUGUUGUCUGGUUGCGAAAAUAUAGAAGAAGGAGAAAAGUUAUAUAAAGAAAUUAAAGAAUUGUUAUGCAGGGCUGGGUUUGAGCUCCAAAAAUGGACGAGUAACAGUAAAAAAUUGAUGGAAACUAUAAAUGAAAAGCAAUUAAAUGAAAAGAUCAAUUUAAAAGUUGAUGCUGUUAUCAAAAUAUUAGGUCUCAGAUGGAAUCAAGAAUCUGAUAAUUUCGAAUAUUCUGUAAAGAUUCCAUUUUCUGACGUAUCUAUCACUAAACGCAAGGUUAUAUCAGAGAUUGCUAAGCUAUUUGAUCCAUUGGGUUGGUUGGCACCUGCAAUUAUUGUUACUAAAAUAUUCAUACAAAAAUUAUGGAUAUCAGGGAUUGGUUGGGAUGAUUUAUUGCCUGAAAAUCUAUUAAAAGAAUGGAUUUCAUAUCGUAACGAACUUUUAUUGCUGCAAGAUGUUACAAUACCCAGAUGGAUGAAUACUUAUCGUAGUGAUAAACAACGAGAGCUUCAUGGGUUUUGUGAUGCUUCAAAUGAAGCUUAUGCAGCUGUAGUUUAUAUGCGUGCAGUCGAUAAAGAAGGCAAUGUAGCAGUUCAUUUAAUAACAUCCAAAACCAAGGUUGCUCCAAUCAAACAGGUUUGUAUUCCUCGGUUAGAAUUAUGUGGAGCUGUUCUGCUGUCUAGACUAUUGCAAGAAGUUUCGACAGUUUUGGAUAUACGCAAGGAAAAUAUUUAUGCAUACACGGAUUCUACUGUGGUUCUAGCAUGGUUAGGUUCUUAUCCCGGUAAAUGGAAAACAUUUAUUGCAAACCGUGUUUCUGAAAUUUUAUCAACUAUGGAUAGAAAGCAAUGGAUUCAUGUAAAAUCUCUUGAGAAUCCCGCUGAUAUUGCAUCACGCGGCGUUAAACCUUCAGAAAUGAAGAAUGCUACGAUGUGGUUUACUGGUCCAUGUUGGCUGAAAGAAAAGCGUGUUAUUAGUAAAAAUGUAGAUGAAACAUUUGAUACAGAUAUAGAAAAAAAGGUCUGUCAUGUUGAAGUUAAUAUAGGAGAAGAAAUUAAUAAAGUUGAAAGUAAGAUUAUUAACAAGUUUUCGUCUUUAAGAAGGUUAGUCAGAGUAAUAAGUUACUGUAGACGAUUUCGUAAAAUAAGAAGUGUUACUGAAAAAUGGUUAACAAGUGACGAAUUGAGAGAGUCAUUAAAUAUAUGCAUAAAAAUAGUGCAAGGUGAAGGUUUCAAGACAGAAUUAAAGGAUUUGAGAAAAAUAGGAUUUGUAAAUAAAAAAAGUAAACUUACUGUUUUGAACCCGUUUCUAGAUGACACUGGAAUUUUAAGAGUUGGUGGACGCUUAGAAAGAGCUCAAUUAAAUGUAUCUGCUAAGCAUCCAAUUAUUUUACCUGAUAAAUCCCAUUUCUCUUCUUUGAUUAUUGCGGAUGCUCAUGAAAAAACGAUGCAUGGUGGACCGCAGCUCACUCUUAAUUAUCUAAGGUCUCGAUAUUGGAUAUUAAAUGCAAAAAAUAAUGUCAAGGCAUUUAUUAGAAAAUGUGUCACGUGUAUACGUUAUGCAGCGAGCACACGAGAUCAACUUAUGGGGCAGUUGCCAAAUGCAAGAGUGGAGAUGUGUAGACCUUUUUAUAGAACUGGUGUAGAUUAUGCUGGUCCUAUAAAUAUUCGUGUGUCCAAGGGAAGAGGAAAUAAGUCGUAUAAGGGUUACGUGUGUUUGUUUGUAUGUAUGGCUACACGCGCAGUGCACCUAGAAGCAGUAAGUGAUAUGACAAGUAGCGGAUUUUUAGCAGCUUUCAGACGUUUUGUUGCUAGACGUGGCUAUUGUGCUGAUUUAUAUAGCGAUAAUGGCACGAAUUUCAUAGGUGCUGCUAAAGAAUUACAGGUGUUGUUUUUAAGCGAGAAGUCUAAUUUUAUAAAUGAAGUAGGUGAGGCUUUAGCAAAUGAUAAUACAAAAUUUCAUCUGAUUCCCCCACGGGCUCCUAAUUUUGGAGGGUUGUGGGAAGCAGGGAUAAAAUCUACUAAAUAUCAUUUAAAAAGAGUGAUCGGACAGUCUACUCUUACUUAUGAAGAGUUGAGCACAGUCCUCACUCAGAUUGAAGCGUGUCUCAAUUCAAGACCAAUUUCGCAAUUAAGUACCAAUCCUCAUGAUCCGUUUCCUCUUACUCCUGGUCAUUUCUUGGUUGGAGAACCGUUGUUACUUGUGCCUGAUGUGAAUUAUGAACAAUCGAAUAUUAGUAGUCUUAAAAGAUGGCAAUUCACACAACGUAUGGUGCAAGACUUUUGGAGAAGAUGGUCCCAGGAAUAUUUAAUACAAUUUCUGAAUAGGUAUCGUUGGGCUUAUCAAAAGCCAGAACCUAAUAUAGGUGAUAUAGUUCUUGUCAAAGAAGACGGUUUGCCACCGGGAAAAUGGUUAUUUGGCUUGAUUGUGCAGAAAUUUCCGGGAAUGGACGGUAUUACACGUGUAGUAAAUAUUAAAUGUAAGGAUUCUGUUAUAAAAAGGGCAGUUAGUAAGCUUUGUGUUCUUCCUGUCACAGAAUAAGAGGUUUUUUUUUAUUAUUUAGUUGUGAAUUAGUGUUCAUUGUUAUGUUUUGUUUAUGUUUCAGUGAGUAAAAUGACUUAUUAAAAAGUCAUUAUUUAGUUAUAGCAUUUGAUGUUGUUAUCUUUUUUAAGUAAGUUGUAAUAAUUUUCACUCACCAUGUGAUUGUGAUUAGAUUACAGUCCACUUUGUUUAUCCAUACUCAUUUCAUGGUGGGUGGUAUCAUAAUUUUGAGUUAUUUUAAUUAUGGACAUUCUGUCCAUGGUGGGCGGAAUGUUUAAACGCCAAUAU